GAACUUUGUCCCUCAGCACAGAAGCAGUCUGACAGAUUCAUCAGGCAUCAGCAGAGCGGGCAACUGCAGCAAAUUGUCUGUUCACUUUUCGGUAGAAACUUUAAUAAAUUCUCAAUAUGGCAGAGAGGAGAGCAGCCGUGAAGACAGCAGCUGAACCGGACUUCCUGCAGUUUAAUGAUCUGGCGUGUGAGGCGGUCGGUGGGAAGGUUAUUUUUGCGACAGACGAAUGGUUCGCUCCGGCUGCCAACCUGCUGAAGAGAGAGUCACCACAGUUCAUCGCUUCUGCCUUUACUGAGUUUGGAAAGUGGAUGGACGGAUGGGAGACAAGAAGAAAACGAAUACCUGGUCACGACUGGUGCAUCAUCCAGCUGGGAGUACCAGGGCAGAUCUACGGCAUCGAUGUCAACACGUCCUUCUUCACUGGAAACCACUCGCCCUACGUCUCCAUCCAGGCCUAAUCUACGGGCGAUAUUUUCAGAUCCCCCAAACCAUACAAUUUGACGACGAUGAUUGGCAAAAUAUGUACUUUUUUUGCAUAGCAACAAACAUCAGACAUCAGG